CGGUGAGAUCAGCGGCAAGCACUAGCGGCCACCAGCAGAUGCAUGUGGACCACAGCACCAUCAUCAUCCAGUACCACGGACGGACGGCUGGCCGUGCAAGUCAGUCCACUUCGUAUGACGCAAGGUGACUUUUCAGAAGGGAGGCCACCUGAUGCGUAUGAAUAUGCCACAAGGUCUCACGCCUGCUCCUGCAUCCAUGACGAUCCCGAUGUCGCAUUCCUCAAGGCCGACGCUCGGGUUCCCCCUUGGCACGGCGCUCCUGCUUCUCGUCAUCUUCUCCCUCAGCGGCAUCUUCUCCUGCUGCUACCACUGGGACAGGCUCCGCUCCCUCCUCUGGUCUCGGCAUCCCAGCAUGCUCCAGGACGGCCCGCACACCGUCAUCUCCAUCGGAUUGGUGCCGAGCAAGGCAGCCUCCGAGCACAAGAGCGAGAAAGCAGGAAAGGAGUGCGGGUUGCCCGUGAUCAUGCCCGGGGAUAACAUCGCGAAGUUCUACGCGAGGCCCUGCCCGCACGAGACUUGUUUACCUGCAGCAGCAGGUGAGAAGGCCGAAGUCGAGGUGCAAGAUCGAUGUUCAGUUUCGUGAGACCGUGUAUGUGAAAUCGUAGUUAGGUGCCAGCGACUUAUGAUUGAUAGAUGGAUUGUAUAUACGCAAGCGACUUAUGAUUGGUGGAUUGAUUGUGUACAAGCAUGCACUUUGACAGUUUUUCAGAAAAGGAAAAAAAAAAAAGAACCUUUCAUGUGCA